AUGUUGGAGAGCCGGUUCCCCGUGUGUCUUACCCUGUGUCUUGUCCGAUGUGCUGCAGGCCUCAGCGGUCAGUACCCUCUGGUCCAGAACUUGACAGUGACAGAAGGAGGGACGGCCAACCUCACCUGCCGCGUGGAGUACAAUGACAACACCUCCCUCCAGUGGUCCAACCCGGCACAGCAGACUCUGUUUUUUGGGGACAAGAAAGCUCUGAGGGACAACCGCAUUGAGCUGGUCCGUGCCACAUCGUCGGAGCUCACCAUCAGCAUCAGUGACGUGCUGCUGUCGGACGAGGGCAUGUACACCUGCUCUCUCUUCACCAUGCCCAUCCGGACGGCCAAGGCCUACCUCACCGUGCUCGGUGUACCUGCACAGCCAGAGAUCGAUGGCCUGACGAAACCGGCACUGGAAGGAGACCAGAUCACCCUGACCUGCAGCAGCCAGGGCAGCAAGCCAGCCGCUGACCUGCGCUGGUACAGGAACGAGAAGGAGGUCAAAGGAGCCAAAGUUGUCAAGCCUAUGGGGAAGACAUACACGGUGCAGAGCUUCCUGCAGCUGCAGGUGGACAGGAACGAUGAUGGAGCGGUCUACACCUGCCGCGUGGACCACGUGUCCCUGUCCCACUCUCCGCAGCAGGCCACCGAAGUGCUAGAAGUCCACUACGCCCCACGUGUGGAGAUUAACCCCCUCCAUUCUGUGCCUCUGGAGGGUCAGUACCUCAGACUGGAGUGCGUUUCCAAAGGCAACCCUUCGCCGGACCCUGUGCUGUGGACUAAGGACGGAGGUGAGCUGCCGGACUUGGACAGGAUGAUUGUGGAGGGGCGGGACCUCACCUUCACCUCUCUGAACAAGACGGAUAACGGGACGUACCGCUGUGAGGCCUCAAAUCACCUGGGCACAAGCAGCGCCGAGUACAAGCUCUAUGUGUACGACGCACCCACCUCCCCACCUCCACCCACCACUGCCCCCAUCCAUCCCUCCACCCCAGGUUCCACUGCUCAGUUAGACAGCCCCGUCCGCAAGUCCUCAGUCACCGAACAACGAGACCCAAACGCAGUGGGGCAGCACGGCACGGACCAUGCACUGAUCGGUGGAGUGGUGGCUGUAGUGGUCUUCGUCACCUUGUGUUUAAUCAUUGUCCUGGGGAGAUAUCUGGCCAGGCAUAAAGGAACAUAUUUGACAAACGAGGCCAAAGGAGCGGACGACGCGCCAGAUGCUGACACGGCUAUCAUCAACGCCGAGGGCAACCAUGCGCACGCGGAGGAGAAGAAAGAAUACUUCAUUUAG